AUGGCUCCAUCGUUAGGGUUUAAGGUAACCAUCCUUUUAGCACUCUUCGCCACCGCAUGCAUGGCACAAGCACCAGCUGGUGCACCCAAGGUUUCACCCACCGCCACACCCACACCAGCACCCUCGGUGGCGCCACCCACUGCUACACCAUCUCCAUCUCCAUCUCCAUCUCCUGCUCCGUCCUCCCCAUCUCCAGCCCCAGGGACCAGCCCUACCCCAUCACCCGGCGGUGAAACUCCAGCCCCAUCAACUGCACCAGGCGCUGCUUCACCAACUGCACCUACCCCUUCCGGACCCACACCCGGACCCUCCGCUGAUCAGCCACCAUCUGAUGGCUCCAACGCCGGUUUCGUCCAGAGAGCUGCCAUCGGUGGCACCGUUCUUGCUGCAACACUUGCUGCUGUGGCUUUGAUGUAA